AUAAAUGCUGUGUUCAAGUUUGUGAUUACCAAAGGUCACACAAUUGUGUUGACUAAGGAAUUAGAACUUUUUACAUGUGUUUCCUUAUAUAUAAAUAUGAUCUCGAUUAAACCAAAUCAGUUCAACGUUUCUGAUCAACAAUGGAAAACAGCAACAGGUUUUUAGAGUAUUUCCAGGGAAAGUGCAUUUUCAUAACGGGAUGCACGGGUUGCGUAGGACUUGCACUUCUGGAGAAACUCCUAAGAUCAUUUCCUCAGGUGCAUAAAAUUGUUUUACUAAUUAGAAAAAAAAGAUCGGAAAAUGUGUCAACAAGAAUAUUAAAUUAUUUUGAUAAUCCAGUAUUUUCGGUGAUGAAAGAAACGCAUAAGGAUUAUUUAGAAAAAAUCAUGUGGAUGGAAGGUGACAUAGUGAAACCGAAUCUUGGAUUAAGCGAGGAAAAUCUAAAUUAUAUUUAUAAUAAAGUAAAUGUGUUCUAUCAUUGUGCAGCUUCAGUUAAAUUUGUGGAAAACUUGAAGAAUAGUAUUACAAGCAAUAUUUAUGGAACUGAAAUGGUUUAUAAAGUUGCUAAAGAUUGCAAGAAACUUGAGUGUUUCAUGCACGUAUCUACGGUUUUUUGCAAUCAUGGUUAUUCCCAAUCAGUUUUGAAAGAGGAAAUCCCGGAAAAUCCAGCAAAUCCAGAUCGUUUACUUGAGAUGGCAAAGAGUAUGAGUGUUAAUGAACUUGAAAAAAAUUGUAAAGAAUCUAAAAAUUUUAUAAAUAAUUAUGUUUUCACCAAAAACGCUACAGAAAAUCUUCUAGGCAAUAAGAAGGAUAAUAUAAAAAUAGGAAUUUUGAGAGUUGGUUGCGUGAUGGAAAGUUACAAGGAACCGUAUCCUUGCUGGCACCUGAUUCAUGCAAAUUCGUUCAAUGUAAUUUUGAAAAACGUUGUUACAGGAAUAGUUUUCAACAUCAAUGAAAAAGCUGUCGUCUAUUGCACACCAAUAGAUUUAUGCGUAAACGCUCUUAUAGCAACUACAUACGACGCUGCGCAUAUUACAGAAAAUCUUAAAGUUUAUAAUGUAGCGAUAAAUUGUCCUACUGUGAAGGAAAUAUUGAAAAUGUUCAUUAAAGAAAACGUUAAAGAUCCUUGGUUGAUCUUUGGUAGCUUGAAGUAUAGGUUUCUGUGUCACAUGAAGGAUUUAGUUUUGGAGAUGAGUGGAAAACGUGGAAUUUACGUUAAAGAAAUGGAGAAAUUAGAGCAUUUUAUAGAGAUUUCACAAAAAUUCGUAUUGAAGGAGUUGUAUUGUCAUACAGAGAAUUUGGAUGAACUUUGGAAAAGUCUCAAUCAGAGUGAAAGGAAAUUGCUGUUUUUUAAUUUAAAUGAAGUAGAUUAUGAGGAAUGUGUAAAAAGUUGGUAUAAAUCGUCGAUGGAAAACGAAUAUAAUCCUAUGGAUCCAACAACCACAAUGUUACAUUUAGCAAAAUUGUAAUUUAAUUAUUAUUUUAUUUGUUAUUAAAAUUACUACUUAGGUCACAACCGACCAAAUAUACAAGAAAUAUUCAAUAUCAAGAUUAGGUUAAUGUCCUAUUUGAAGGAGUUGGUCUUAAAAGAGUACGGGGAAUUUACUUUACAGAAAUGGUCUGGCUUGAGCGUCAUCACAAAGUUUUAGAAUAUUUCAUUUUGAAAGAAAUUUGUGACAUUGAUAAUAUUUAUAAUAUGUGGAAAAAAAUUGAAUCAAAAAUAAAAUAAAUUGCUUUUCUUCAAUUUGAUGGAUAUUGCUUAUGAUAAAUAUGUUAAAAGCUGGCAUACAUCAAAUAGAAAUAAAUAACUUCAAAUACAUCAUAAUAAUGUCAUGGCUGGUACAAAAAAUUAAUACAAAAUAACAGAUAGAUAUUAAAUGGCGACAAACAAAUUGUGAUUUCCAAAGGUCACUCGUUUGCGUUGAUUAAAGUUAUAUCAACAUUGAUAUAUGUUUCUUCAUAUAUAAACGUGACAUGAAUUGAAGCAAAUCAGUUGAACAUUUCUGACCAACAAUGAAAAACAGCAACAGGUUUUUAGAAUAUUUCCAGGGAAAGUCCAUUUUCAUAACGGGAUGCACAGGUUGCGUAGGAUUAGCUCUUCUGGAGAAACUCCUAAGAUCAUUUCCUCAAGUGCAUAAAAUUGUGUUACUAAUUAGGCAAAAGAAGUCUAAAGAUGUGUCAACAAGAAUGUUAAAUUAUUUUGAUAAUCCAGUAUUUUCGGUGAUGAAAAAUAUAAAUAAGAAUUAUUUAGAAAAAAUCAUGUGGAUGGAAGGUGACAUAGUGAAACCGAAUCUUGGAUUAAGUUCAGAAAAUCUAAAUUAUAUUUACAAUAAUGUAAAUGUUUUCUAUCAUUGUGCGGCUUCAGUUAGUUUUGUGCAAAACUUAAAGAAUAGUAUUACAAGCAAUAUGCACGGAACUGAAAUGGUUUAUAACGUUGCUAAAGAUUGCAAAAAAAUUGAGUGUUUCAUGCACGUAUCUACGGUUUUCUGCAAUCAUGGUUUUUCUCAAUCAGUAUUGAAAGAGGAAAUCCCAGAAAAUCCAGCGAAUCCGG